UCCACCAGCCAUUAAGUUUAUGUGGGAAGUUCUGACAUUUCUUGCCUGGGGUCAAUUAAAAGCAAUUAAAAUUCGAGUUUGGAAAUAGGAAAAGUUGCAAAGCUGAAAAAUAUGCUACAUUUUUAGAGCGGAACUUUUUUAUAAGCUGCGCGAGACUGCAAAGGGGAAUUAAGCCAUGACGGAGAUUAAAAACGAAGAAAUAGAGGGUUCUAUUGUUAGCCAAGAAAAGACGAUGAUGUUGUUGUUAUUUAAAGGACUUAAGCGAAAGCAAAACGCACGCCAAAGCUCGGGUACUUUAAAAAACUUUGUUGCGGAGUCAGGAUGGAAAUUAAAGUGUCGCUCAACAUGGCGAAUGCUCAACUAAAAUCUAUAUGGUAACUCCAAAUUAAUAGCCCGCGACUCAUUGUCGGAGGAGAUGAUGAUGAUGAUGAGCUUGCCAGCCAACCAGGCGGUAAUUAAAAGAUUAAUUUUUAAUGCGCGCUUAGUAAAAAUGCGAAUGUACUCUCGUACGUGUGGCUCCAUAAAAAUAAAAGGAUUUGUGAAAACUAGCACAUAUACAGGCCCUCCCCCACCAACGUUCUCACACAUUGUAAUUUUAUGCCCCAGCUCUCGGGUUUCAUCAUCAUCUGCCAGGGAAGUUUAUGAACCAUUUUCACUACUCGCAACUCCGCACACCUCGCAAAUGCCUCCUCCUUGUUCGGUUUUGUUAUUUUCCUUUUGUUUAAUUUUUUAUUAUUUUGCUCUCGGGCUCUCCAUUUUAAUACACCUUUUUUUUUAUAAUUUUUGCCGCGCUUGCAGCUGCAAAUGAAAUGUGUGUGAGCACACCUUUAAAUUUUUAAUACAGUUUGUCGUCCUCUGAUUUUACACUCACUUCACGCGUCCUUCCUGCAGCAGUUGAUUAAAAAAACAGCGGACAUUGAGAGGAGGCGGCUCGAAAGGAUGUCAAUUAAUAAUUGAAGAAGGAAAAAAAUAAAUAAAAUUUACUCCGGUUAUGGGUCUCAGUCAAAUAUAAAAGUGUGAAAUAUUCAAUCAGGAGCAAUAAUUUAUUAUUUUCCGUUUGUAAUUUAUGCAGAAAAACAAGCGGGAUUUAUUGAUGGGCUAUAAUUUAGAGCAAAUAGUUGUGAUGGCCAGUAAAGUGGAAUGCGAUAAAAUAAAAAAAAGAAUGCAGCUUUCGAAACAAUAAAUUUUUAAGUAUUUCCAUAAAACAUUUUAAAUAAAGUCCACUUAAAUGUACUGGCUGCUUUGCCUUCCGCUUUGAGUAAAAACAACAUUAAUCGCCAUUUUCCGCCCAUUUUUCUCUCGCUUAUCAGCGCUCCUGUUCUGUCAACAAAAAUGGCUCCCCCACUCUAUCAUUCCCUCUGCGUUGUUGGUGGUUCGUGCACUAUCAUUAAUAUUUGAAAUGCAGAAAAGUUGCCGACACUUUUCCCACUUGUUUUUUGUUUACAAUCUCUAGCGACAAAGCGGGCGCAUAAUUAGCUGUGCAACAAAAACAAAUAAAGCACCGGCAAACUAACUUGGACAGCCAAUUAGAGGAAAGAGUUAGUGAGCGAAAAGCAGGCAGAUAGAAGCCAGUCCGAAAACGUUACUCAACCAAAUAAACUUGACAAAUUACACGGUUCGUUGCCGAAAUACAUGUGCAAAAUGAGGUACAAGCUGUGACAAUUGUUUGUGUCACUUAAUUCAAAAACAAAUGCGUAGAGGGGGGAAAAUUAAUUUCCAUGAAAUAGCAGACUAUUGCAAUGGUGUUUGGAAUAGCAUUUUUUAAAUAUGUUGGAAAACAAAGGUUAAGUAUUUUAAAGGAAUCUUUUAAUUUUACAAAUUUUUGUGUAACAAUUUUAAUUACUUUUUUUCCCAGUGCUGUAAUAGUAGAGAUUGCAGUGCGUAGGCAGAGAUUGCCACACCGUAGGUGACCCAUUCACGUAAUCGUGCCACGCCCCCUGGCUUUUUGCUGUUUAGCCUUCUGCCCCCGAGUUAACCAAGCGUAUGACAAGCCAACAUUUCCAUCUGGUAUUGUUGAUGACUUUUCUCCCUUUAUUUUUGCCUACCUUUUUUUCUGUACUUUUCCUAGUGACAUUGACUGCCUGAACUAAUAACCACAUGAGCCUAAAGCCUGAUUAAACUGCGGUUAAUGAGCUCCACCCUAAGCGCCUCGCAUGGAAAUUAAUCCGAAAAGGGGGAAGGGGGUGGUGGUGGUGGUUUCGGUGGGGCAAGCAGGUGUGCGCAGUGGUUCGUUUCAGUUGUCGCAAGGUGUUUUGGCUCACCGCAGAGCACAGGUUUCACCAGCGGCACUGACUUUGGUAAUCGAGUGGCUCGCAUCUCAAAUGUCAACCGCCGAGCACUUGACCUUGCCUUGUGGCGGAGGGCGUUCUAAUGUUGCGAAAUGAGAAAUCUGUCGAAUGUUUUUCUCACCCGUUUUCCUCAAUUUUUUCAUUGCUCUCUACACUUAUAUACUGAAACUAGUUUACUGUCAAAAUUCAAUGUAAAAUUCAAUGUACAUUCCUGAAUUUUAUGUGACAAAUUGAGGAGCAGAGCAGCGCGGAAAGUCGAGGGAACCAAUAGCAUCACCUUGAGAUGCCGUCGAAGAAAUCAACAAAGACCAGGAAGCACCAGCAAAAUCCGUAUACGCGGUUCUUUGAAGCCCAGAAAUCCCUGCCGCCGAACAAGACCGAUAAUAAUGGCCAAAGGCCAGGCGUCCUAAAUCGCGAAAGCGUCUACCUCCUUUCGAAUAAGCCGCGUGGCAAGAGGAGACUCGCCACUCGCGAAAUUAAUCAACCCACCUGGCGGCGACGUGGCGGCGAAGACCACUUCAUGGUCGUCACGCAGGAUAACACGCAAGAGCCGAAGGACAAGCCUUUGCUGACCGCCUCUCAGCUAGAUUCCAUUUGCUACGACGUCAUUAAGGAGCCGCCAAUGCAAUUUCACGUGGACGGCACCGACAUUGUGCCGAGCAUACGUGGCCUUCGGCUGAGUGUCUGCGUGGAGCACACCAGGUUUCAACUGGUGGCCAAGGUGACCAGGAACAUGGGAUUUCAGCACGUGCCCGAGCAUCGGCUGUGGAACAUCCAGUGGUCGGACUCCACGCCCCAUCACGAUCUGCUGCGCAGCAUGAAGCGCUUUCAGCAAAUCAACCAUUUUCCCGGCAUGGUGGAAAUCUGCCGCAAGGACCUGCUGUCGAGGAACCUGAAUCGAAUGCUUAAGCUGUUUCCGGGGGACUAUCGCAUUUUCCCCAAGACCUGGCUGAUGCCAACCGAUGCCUACGAUGUGGCUGUUUAUGCCAACAAACACAAGCGCACUUUUAUUCUGAAACCCUAUUCCGCGGGUCAGGGACGUGGCAUUUGGAUAACCACUGAUCUGCGAACUGUGGGCAAACGAGAGAAGCUCAUCUGCCAGACUUACAUUGAAAGGCCCUUACUGAUUGAUGGCUACAAGUUCGACCUUCGAGUCUAUACUCUCGUAACCUCUGUGGAUCCCCUUCGCAUUUUUGUGUACAAUGAGGGACUUGCACGCUUUGCCACCCACAAAUAUGUGCCACCCACUCUGAGUAAUAGCCACAAUGUGUUCAUGCACCUUACGAACUACUGCUUAAAUCGCCGGAACUCGCAGUACAUGGUGGGAAACGGACCGGAAGCUGGAUCCAAACGGAAAUUGAGUGCCUUCAACAAAUGGCUGGUGGAUCACAACUACGAUGUGGCCGAGUUCUGGGCCAGUGUGGAUGAUGCGAUCAUCAAGACGUUAAUCAGCGCCUGGCCCACAUUGAAGCACAAUUAUAAUGUUUGCUUUCCAAAGCACGAUAAAAUACAGGCCAGCUUCCAGCUGCUCGGAUUUGAUAUCCUGGUGGACUGGAAGCUGAAGCCCUACAUCCUGGAGGUGAAUCACACGCCCAGCUUGUGCGCAGAUGAGUCGGUGGACAUGGAAGUGAAGCGUCCACUUAUUAGAGAUACCUUGAACAUGCUCAGCACAGCUUUGGUGGACAAGGAACAGAUCAUACGAGACGAUCGAACAGAGCAUAGAGCUAGAUUACUUAGGAAUAUCUACAAUAAGAAGGCGGCUGCCCAAAUGCCCGGAUAUUCCUCACCGAUUCGAGAAGCUGCUGGCAGCGAUGUGCGGCAAGCCUGCUCCAUUGGGGCACUCACCCAGCAAAUUGCCUGGGAGGAGAGUCAUUUGGGAAACUAUCGUCGCAUAAUGCCGCCAAGAGAUUCGGAGAAGGUCAAUUACUACUGCAAGUUCUACGAGCAGAACAAGCAGCCCAUGUUUGCAGACACACUUUCUAGUCGACGCCGCGAGGAACAUAACCAUCAGGCAAGGUUAAAGCACCAACGCGAGCGCCAAGAGCAACUUCAUCCGCAGCAGCUGAAUUCUCCAAAUCGAGGGGUGAAGCAUGUCCGUUGGCCAGGAUAUCAGACGGAUGCAACCGAGGUAAAUCCGGUGAUCCUGCAGUCAAGAAGGCGUCGUGAGGAGGCGGAGGCCCAGGCGAAAAAGCACCGAGCUUUGAUUGCUCGAGAAAUUCAACGCCAAAAGGAGCAACUUUUGGCACCAACCUGCGCCAAGGAGCGUUUAGGUAUUUGGCAGAGUGUUCGGCGGGAAAAGAUCCGAAAGUUUUCACCCAAACGGACCUGCAGCAUAACCAAGGCCAAUCGCAGAAAGCAUCAGAGACAUCUUAGUCAGAAAGUCCGGCAUCAGAGGAUGCUCGAAAUAGAGGCUCAACGAGAUGCCAAGUUCUUAGAAAAACACGCCAAAAUGCAAAGACUUGAAGGCGGCAGGAUUGCAAGGCCAAGUGAAUCGUCAGGGACGAAAACCAGGAUCAGUAUGAAAAGGAAGUCAAACACCAAAAAUAAAACUAAAUCCAAAGUCAGGGUGCCGCACAAAAAAGAGGUACUUCGAGAAAUCAACCAUAGUAUUCAAAACGAAUCGCUGGGACAACCAAAUUCAAAAUCCGAAAUCCAAAAAUCCACAAACUGGGUAGCAGGCACAAUCAGUGAAGUAGAAAGGAGUGAAGAACUCAGCUGGCGAACGGAAAGAACAAAUCAGCUGAAUAGUUCAAGGGUCAGGGAAUUGAUCUUCUCCAAAAUGUACGAAAACGGACACCUGACCAAAAAUGAUAUCAAAUGUUUUCCGGAUCUCCUUUAUGGUAUUCUCAGCAAAGAUUACAAGGAAGCGGAUAGUCAAUAGAUGUGCAUUGUAUAUCAGCAAAAUGUAUUUGCAAUAAUUGAUUUGUAUAGCCAACUUCAUGUUGAAAUUAAAAGUAACAAGUUUAUACUUUUUAA